AUGGGUAUUCCUCUAUGGCGUCCACCUUCUCCUCCCGAGCCCAAGAGUUCUGUCAAAAGUGAUCCUUGCGCCCACUCACGCUCAUCUAUCCGUCGCAGAGGAGCCGUGCGACAUGUCGUUUCACAAUCAAGUUCGAGCAGUAUAUCGCCGCGCAAUUCUUUAUCCGCCUCACAAUUAGACGACGCUCUACAACAACUAGACAAUCUCCUCGAGAAUCGGCCCCUUGCACAGAGCACUGUAUUUGGAGACGUCGCUUUGGUAGACUCGACAAGAAAUGCCGCUGCCUUGAGUGAUUCUGCUCGGCGAGAGGAGGGUUCUCGAUUGCUACGGGAUGCGUUGCGGCAUCGCCAGCCCGGUCGACGUCUUCGCAUCCCCCGUGAAUCUUCCCUUCGCUUCGAGAUGCCCACUCCUCCAUGGUCACCAAGUGAAGCGCUUCAUCGUUCGUCUCAUGGGGAUUCCGCGAGGACUCGGCAGGCAGCCGAAGGUUUCCCUUACUCUCCUAGAUUUGCGCCUGCUUAUGGUCCCAGGCAUGAUAGUUCCGGCCCUUCUGCCCGUACCGAAACAAGAUCACCCCCGCCCGCGGUGGUACGGCCCCCAGUGCAGAUGACAGAAGAUGGACCUGCACCUGGUGUGCGGUAUUUACGUCGUGUGGGGCAUCGAUCGGUUAGCGACAACAACGGAACUGCUUCAUCGCAACAAGGUAUUGAUGGCUUGGGUGAUCGACAACGUAGUGCUAGCCCCGAUGAUGACGACCUUGGCAACGCAUGGGAGACACUUUUGACUACUCUGACGCCUGAUCCGAACUUGCCUAGUGCUGAGUCCUCGUUCACAUCUAAUGCUGCUAUCAAUACCAGCCGUGCUGCUGAGUCUGGCCGCCGGAGUCAAUCAUCUCAGACACAGCGAAUAUCCUCGGGACCGACCGCUACAGUGCAUAUGAUUCUAGAGCCUUACCCUGACUUCUUCAAUCCCUGCGAUAUCCCAGAUCAUGCCACGGAUUCAGACACCGAGACAGAGUCAGAACUAGGGUUGAGUCGUUCGGGGUCCUCCCGUCAACGUCGGCAUCCGCGAUCUCGGCUCCUUGAAUCUACGUCGACGGUUGGGUCUACCCAGGACAGUCAACCUCCAGUCCCAAGAUUGCCACGAUCAUUGGGACUACCGUCUAUAUCUUUCAUUUCACACGAUCUAUCUUCGGGUGGGGAUAUGCAAGCGAUCAUUGAUCGCCUGGCUCAGCGGGAACAUGUUCCUGACGAUUGGUGGGCGGCAGCAGGAUUGCCUCGCACCAUGGGUCGCCAAUUAGACGUUGGUGACGGGUCUUCAGAACACGUUAACGAAGGUCGCACCAAUGCGGCAGAUGAAUCAUAA